UGGCAGCACUCUCCACCCUCAGUCCCAGAGGACAGGCUUGACCCAGGAGGAGGGGAUACCAGGAGGGAGAGAGAGGGUCGGCAGAAAGGAGGGGGAGAAGAAGCUCAAAUUCAUUUGUGCAUGUGCAGCUGGAGGCACAACACAUUGCAAGGAAGCACUGACGCACACAUGGCUACCACCACGGAUUAUACGCGCUAUAAAGACAGUCAGCGGACACUUUAUCACCCCCGACGGAAAAAUACUUCCGUGCUUACGUAACGAUGCGGGGAGAUUUUUUUUUUGAUUCAUCAUUUAUGUUACAUAUCAAAGCCGGCUGACUUUGUUAUGUUGACUUGGAUUUUUUAAUUUUUUUUUUUACAUUUUGCACCUUUUGACAUAUACUUCAAAUCGGAUUGUACUUACGGCUGCAAAAGACACAAGCCGGACACGCGUGAGGAAGCUAACCAUGCACUGACUGUAAAGUGAGAGACAGCCCUGGUUGGAGGAAUGGUAAGCAUCGGCAUGGAAACGGACUGGGAUGCUCCAGCCCUCUCUUCUCUGGUCGUGACGGGAAGAAACAACCACUCUGCUCCAUCUUUGCUUGAAUUCAACUACCCCAAUGGCUCCCACAGUGGAGGAUCCUUCUUCGGGAUCUUUCCAGACAAUAGCUCGAACACCACUGCUCACCCGCUACCCCCGCCCCGGGUGAGGGAUCAGGGCCUGGCCCAGAUGGAGAUCGCUGUGCUGGGAGUGGUGCUGGCUCUUACCACCCUGGGGAACAGCUUUGUGCUGUGGGUGCUGCUCAGGAGGAGGAAGCACAACGCGCCCAUGCAUGUGUUCAUGGUCAACUUGUGUGUGGCUGACCUGGUGGUGGCCUUCUUUCAGGUUCUUCCUCAGCUCAUAUGGGACAUCACAGAUAAGUUUCAAGGACCUGACUUCCUGUGCCGAGCCAUCAAGUACUUGCAGAUUGUGGGCAUGUUUGCUUCCUCCUACAUGAUAGUUGCCAUGACAGUGGAUCGACACCACGCCAUCUGCUGCCCGCUGCAGGCCUACCGUGGCGGGGCGAUGUCCCGCUGGAACACCCCUGUCAUGGUGGCUUGGGGCCUGGCGCUUGUCCUCAGCCUUCCACAAGUUUUCAUCUUCUCUCGCUCAGAAGUGAGUCGUGGGGAGUUUGAGUGCUGGGGUCACUAUGCCGAGACAUGGGGGCUUAAGGCCUACAUCACAUGGAUGACGGUGGCGGUCUUUCUUUUGCCUGCACUCAUCAUCACCAUAUGUCAGAUAAGAAUCUUCCGGGAGAUCCACAACAACAUAUACCUGAAGUCUGAAAAGAUGGUGAGGGCUGAGCUCAAGAGGAAUGAAAUCCUCUUCCGCUUCCACAGCUUUAAGAAAGAAGAGGAGCGGGCCAGGGAAAGAGGUCAGCGGGCGUCUGGAGGUGGAGGAAGAUUAGGGGACCACUUGCAGGCUGUGACCAACAAACCUCACAAUAACUCCUCUAAUGCAAGCCAAGCGGGAGACGCUUACGACUAUGUCACUUCAUCAGCGACAUCACCUAUGGAUACCCACCUGCAACUGAACAGUACUGAUUGCCAGGAGGCAUCCCACGAGGUUGCCUCUGGAUCACCUCGCUGCUCCCUCGAUUACGCGCCCCCUCAUUCCAGUACGGCACCACCACCACCAAGCAUCACCAAAGCCAUGUCUAAAACUGUCCGAAUGACGCUUGUCAUCGUGUUGGUUUACACCGUCUGCUGGUCGCCUUUCUUCAUUGUGCAGCUGUGGGCUGCCUGGGACCCCAACCCUCCCGAUCAUGGUCUGCAUCAACAAGCACAGGAAGCGGAAUCUAUAAAAAAGAUGCGUGGCCUUCACUAUCCUGAUGCUGCUUGCAAGUCUGAACUCGUGCACCAACCCGUGGAUCUAUACGGCUUUCUCCAGCAGCGUUUCCAGAGAGCUACAGAACCUGCUGCAUUGUGGGUCGCGGCCUGGACGACGUGGCUCGCUGCCCGAUGACUCCACCACCACACACACCUCCACCAUUAAGGACAAUCUGUACUGACAGAUAAGAUGCAGGGGACAUACGUGUGCUCUUUGCAAGCUCGCAACUCCAGAGUACAAAGGUCGCCAGGUGUUCCCGACAACAUGUGACAGGCGGUCAACAAUGGCGCUGUCCUUGCAAAGAGUGGCGGAGCGUGUCUCUAAGAGUCAGCUCAUAAUGGAAUACGCAGUGACAGUGUAAGCAAGGUGGCCUCUUGAUGGGUAAAUGGAUUUUCACCUCGGCUUGUGAGUGCCAUGGUUAUUCCCAGAGGAACGACUUUCACAUCUACAACAGCAGGAAUGUGAGGCGUUAAAGGCCUGUUGGCACUCCCAGUGCCAACAGCAAGAGUCAAAACCAAGGGCAUUGGGAAAACCAGAGGGCGGCAAAGUGCAAGUAAGCAGACAGUAAAGACAGCAAGGUUGCUACUGGUGGACUGAGAACAAGUUUUGUCAUGGAUGUUCCAUGAGAUGGACAUCUAACAAAGUGAACAAACUUGGUUAGAUCAAAGAAAGUGAACUAACAAUGGUUGAACUGAUAUUCACUCAGGACAAAUCUACUUUCUUAGAUCAAUAGCUAACUGGGAGCGAGCUGAUCAGAGACUCAAUGAAGAAUGCAGACCAGUGAAAAGACACUCGGGGUUAGGCCUGCAAAGGAGGAAGAUUGUUCUACGCAAAUGACAAUAAUGUUGGGGUUUUUUUUACACACAAAACAGCAUAUUAAGUGCACCUUCCUGUCCUUCAAGGCUUAAAGCAUGCAACAAAGCAGUAUGAUGGAGGAGCCAGAAGCAUUCCAUGUAGAAAAUGAACAAGUUAAAAAUAUUUAUUGAAAAUGUAUCCUGCACAUAAGACAUGACUGUGUGUCCCAGAGAAGCGUUACUGUAUGUAAGACAUACUGCUGCCAGACAUUUGUUGUACAUAAGCAGUCCAACCAAAGAUGUUUGGGUUUUUUUCUCCAAAUGUCAGUUAUUUUGAGCUUCAGUAUGACAUUACACGUGUAUCAAAAGCAGAAAGAAAGAACAUAAUCUUGGUCAUUAAAGAAGUCCCAGUACCAA